AUGAAGUUUGCAAAGAUAGCAACGCUACAGAUACUGCUUGUAAAUGCACAAGAGAAGAAACCACAGGAGAAAAUCAUCAGUCGAGGUGGAGAUGUUCGUCUCAGCUGCAAAGUCAACACAACGGAUUCAAUCGUCUGGAUAAACAGCAAAGCUGGUGCAAGUGGGGAGCUUUCCAUACCUCGCGCCGUUUCUAUUGGCAUGGAGCAACUCAUGGACCUCGGCAAAGUCUCCUUCACUAGUGGAGAUUAUUCUCUGACGAUCCAAAAUGUUGAUGAUGAUAAACAAGGACUCUGGAACUGUCAGCAAGCGGGUCGAAUAGUCGCGUCUUACAAUCUCAUUGUCGAUGUGCCACCUGAAAUUGAAAUGGUGUCAUCCUCGCCCGUCGAAGUAGGUGAAGAUUCGACGUUGAUCUGUCAGGCAUCUGGGCGACCCCGACCGAAGAUUUACUGGACACGAAAGGGAGGAGAAACUAUAGACGGAGCCAAAACGAUCGAACUUGCUGAUGCAGAUGGAGUUCAGCGAUCCCAAGGAACUUUGGUGGUUCAAAAUGUGACAAAAUCGAUGAUUGCGGAAAUUUCCUGCAACGCACAAAGCCGCGCUACCACGGCCACCCAAACGACAGAUGUGAACGUGAAAUCUGCCCCCGUGGUGAUAACAGAGGAGGGUUUGGGGAUGACGAAGCGAAGGUAUGCCAAAGUAGGCAGUGCCACCCAAGUCUCCUGCAUCGUACAAGGAUUUCCUAUUCCUACUGUACGAUGGUGGCUCGAUGAGCGAUUCUUGCGGAUUGAUGAGAUCGAGGACGAGCGCAUAAAGUUAUGUACGAAUGUCAGGGAUGACGCCAAAGAGGUCGGAGAACUGCUUGAUGCCAUCAAGGACAAGAUCGAUGGUGGAGCUGAAGGGCUCCUUGGCGAUGCUGGAGAUGCAGUAGCAGAUGCUUUCGGCAAUGUUGGAGAGAGUAUCGAUAAAGCUGUCGGCGGUGCUGUUGACAACGCUGGUGAUGCAUUCGAGGUCGUCCAAACAUAA